AUGUUUUCAGAUUCAAAUAGUGAUUCGUCAGAAGAAAACGAGAAUUAUUUAAUAAUGAGCACCGAUACUAGAAGGAAAUAUGGUCCAUUAAUCGGAGCAAUAGAUGAAGGAACUUCAAGCACUAGGUUUCUUGUGUUUGCUUCCAAAACAGCGGAAGUCCUUACUUACCAUCAAGUAGACAUUCCUUCCAUUGUACCUAAAGAAGGGUGGUUUGAACAAGAUCCCAUGCUUAUCCUACAAGCUGUAAAAGAAACUAUAGAAGUUACCUGUGAUAAUUUAGAAAAAUUAAAUAUUGAUUAUGCAGAUAUUGUAAGUGUUGGAAUAACAAAUCAAAGGGAGACAACAGUUUUGUGGGAUAAAAAUACUGGACUGCCUUUAUGUAAUGCUAUAGUAUGGAUGGAUAUUAGAACGUCUAGUACAGUAGAUGAAAUAUUAAAAAAUGGUAAGCGGCGACAAGAUUUUCUUCAAAAUAUAUGCGGUCUUCCUGUUAGUACAUAUUUCAGUGCUCUUAAAAUUAAAUGGAUGAUGGAUAAUGUUCCGGGAGUUAAGAAAGCAAUAGAUGAAGAUAGGUGUUUGUUUGGAAAUAUUGAUACAUGGUUAAUAUGGAAUCUAACUGGAGGUAUUGAUUGUGGAAUGCACAUCACAGAUGUUACAAAUGCUUCCAGGACAAUGUUGAUGAAUAUCGAAACGUUACAAUGGGAUAAGAAAUUAUGUGACGUUUUUGGAAUUCCAAUGAAAAUCUUGCCAGAAAUUAAAAGUUCCUCGGAAAUAUACGGAGUUAUAGUUAUGGACAUGAAACUGAGUGGGGUUCCUAUUGCUGGAAUUUUAGGUGAUCAGCAAGCCGCCCUAGUGGGACAGAUGUGUUUGAAGUCAGGCCAAGCGAAAAGUACAUAUGGUACCGGGUGUUUUAUACUAUAUAACACUGGAUAUUCUAUAGUGAGAUCGAAACAUGGAUUACUUACUACAGUUGGUUAUCAAUUUGGAAAAAAAGCAAAACCAAUAUAUGCCUUAGAAGGAUCAGUAGCUAUUGCCGGUAUAUCAAUAACGUGGUUACGUGAUAAUUUGCAAAUCAUAAAAGAUGUAUCAGAAUCAUCUGAAGUAGCCCAGUCAGUAGAUGCAACAGGAGAAGUCGUUUUUGUUCCCGCCUUUUCUGGUUUAUAUGCUCCAUAUUGGAGGAAAGAUGCAAGAAGCGUAAUUUGUGGAAUAACGGAUGAAACAAAACCAGGUCAUUUCGUAAAAGCGGCUCUUGAAGCAGUAUGCUUUCAAGUCAGAGAUGUUCUUGAAGCUAUGGCCUUAGACUGUAGAUAUCCCCUUCAAAAAUUAUUAGUCGAUGGAGGAAUGACGAAGAACGAUUAUCUUAUGCAAAUGCAAGCGGAUUAUUGUGGAAUUCCUGUUGUGAGGCCGACAAUGACUGAAACAACAUCACUAGGAGCAGCAAUAGCCGCGGGUAUAGCAGAAGGAAUAGAAGUGUGGCAAAUAGAUAAAAUACUUCCGGUGCCUUGUGAUAAUUUCACACCGCAAAUAUCAGAAAAUUUAAGAGAUAUAAAGUAUUCACGAUGGAAAAUGGCUAUUGAUAGAAGUUUAGGAUGGGCAAAACCUGCUAAGUCAAAUGCUGCUUUAAAUUUACCUAGAAUGGUUAAGUGGGAUGAUGACAACUCAGAAAGAAAAAUAGCAUCAGCUGUGCCUGCAGGACUGUUUGUUAUUGGAGCAGCAGCAAUUAUAGUAAUUUCAGAAAUUCUUAAUAAACCUUAA